AGCAUGGCCUUGGUGUUGGUUAUAUACAUGCUUCCCGCCCGCGCUUGACUCCACCUCCUCCAUUCCAGUUUUCCGUUUUCAUUAUUUAUCUUGUUUUGUUUCGAUACGGAGGAUAGUCAGUGCUCGGCUAACAAGGAUCUCGAAUAUAGAAAGAAAGUCGAUCGACUCGGCUCGUUUUUUGCGUAUAUAUCAAGUCACUCACCAGAGGCCGGAUCCUCCUCCUCACACCUCGACGGACAAUAGAUAUAAAGCGGAUCACUCCAUUUACGACAGGUAGAAGUCGUCAGUACAGUACAGCACUUACACCAACGCCAACAACCUCACGAAAUUCCUCAUUAAAACGAGAAGCAGACUCUAGAAUGCUAGCAGUCAUGAGCCACCAAGCCGACAUGUCGCAUACCUCCUCCCCCCCCAAACGACCCCGACUAUCCCUCCAGAUCAAAACCCCAAGCGCACCAAUGACGCUGAAUAAAUCCUCCACAGCUCUCAAAGCCGACAUCGACCCCUCCUCCCCCACAGCCUUCAACACCCUCUCCAACGCUUACGCCGCAGCCAUCUCGCUCGCCUCGCCGAUCCCCAUGUCCGCGGCGCCCAUAACAGCCUUACCCUUUUCUGCCAACACGUCGGCACGGCCGAAGUCUCUACGACUUGUUACGAGUGCGGCGCCUCAGUCGGCGAUCCCGCUCUCUCAUCGCAUUCAGACACCGGGGCCGUUCACGGUUGUUUACCCUGAUACGCCGACGACGCAAGCGCCUACGCCUGUUACGGCGCAUCCGGAUGUAUCGCUAAAGGCGCCAUUUACGUUCACGCCGCCGCAGUCUGCGCACCCUUCUUCGCCUUCAUCUACGUCAUCUAUAGGCACCAACACUACAACCACCGCCGCCGCUGUAGCCACCACAACAGGAGCAACGACCUCCCGCCUCCGCCGCAUCAAUGUCUCCAUCCCCACCACCCUCGCCCCAUCCCCCUUCCCCUCCUCACCUCGCACACCCCGCCGAAGAGCGACGACGGGAUCUUCAACGCCUUAUAAACCGCCUUACACCCACCCUCGGAGUUUACGGUCUAUCCUCCGCAACUCGCCCCUCCCGGCUAGUGCAGCGGGUGCAGCUGUGACUACGGUGGAGAAAGGUGGGAGGAGAGUGGGGUAUAAUAACCCUCUUACGCAGACUAUCACAACAGAGCUGUAUGUGCGGUCACACGUCGAACUACUCGGGGAAGAUGACGCGGGGGCUGAUGGAGAGGGAGCGGGGGAGGCGGAGACGGGGAUUGAAGCCGUCCUAGCGUAUGAUGGCGCGACGAGGGAUGGAGGGCAGACGCCGGGGCCGUUUGAGGAGAUGAGGCGGAGGAUGGCGGGAUUGGGGGAGGAGGUGGGGGGGAGGAAGAGGAAGAGGGAGAAGAAGAGGGCGUGGGUUUGGACUAUUGGGGUUGGAGAGGAAGGGGAGGAGGAGGAGGGGGUUGAGAAAGCAAGCGAGGAGGAGGGGGAGGAGGGGGGGUUGGAGUUGUUGAGGCCGAGUACGUAUGUUCCGUCGCCGCCGAGGGUGCCGAUGGUGAUGGUCGCGCCGCCGUUAGAGGGGAGAGGUAGUGUGCAAGGGGGAGAGAUGGAGGUUGAUCCGCCGGAGAGGCCGAUGAGCUCACAGAGUAUAUGAAUUAUGAAUUAUGGGAGGGGGUAUAAACACAACACAUGGGAUGUUGGGAUCUGGGAAGGAAGCGUGUAGUAGGACAU